AACAAUAUGUUAAAAUGUCAAAGGGUUGCCUGUUGCCCUGAAUGAAAGGUUAUUUUACAAAGGAAUUAACAAUUAAUGCCGAUAAACAGCUGCUAUAAGAAUUAUAAUGGCAACAAAAAUAUUGAAAACGAAAUCUGCGUACAGUUUAUUUCACAAAUCGCUUACUGGAUGUUUCCAACAAACCACUGCACCAGUACAAUUAUUCGCCAAGUACCGAAAUAACUUGGCGAAUUUGAACGUAAACAGUAAUUUAAAAUUUAGCGUAAGUGCGACGGUAUCGGGAACAGCGGGACAUGCCGAGACCACAAGCACCACCCAGGGCUUAUCGAAACUGCAAGCUCAGGAGCUGAUUUUGAGAUUAAACGGCGAAGAAAGAAACGUAUUAAUGACUGCAUUACACGAGUUCCAAUCAAAACAAGUCAAAGAUGAAUAUGAAGGUCAGCUUGCAGCAUCUAGAUGGAGGAGCAAGUUCGGUAGGCCUAGUAAACUUCCCAGAUUAGGCGACGUCGAUCCCACGGGAACGUAUUGCACAUUUCCUGAAGAUUGGAUGAAGAAAAAAAUGGCUGCCGCAGUUCCUAAACCCACGACGAGGAAUUUAAUCGACAUUGGCAUCGCUAACUCCAUUCCUUUCAUAGGCUUUGGAUUCCUCGACAAUUUCUUCAUGUUAGUUUUCGGCGACUACAUAGACAUGUAUGUGGGCUCGUAUUUUUGCUUGACCACGAUGGGAGCGGCUGCAUUGGGGAACACCAUGUCUGACGUGAUGGGCAUCGGGUCCGCUUUCUACGUCGAAAGACUGGCCAACAAAAUCGGCUUCAGGCCGCCUAAAUUGUCUCCCAUUCAAUUGGAUAUGAGCUGCUGCAGGAAUUCGGCCAAUACCGGCAGAGUUUUGGGCGUUACAUUGGGUUGCUUGCUGGGCAUGUGCCCGUUACUGUUCAAAAAGAGCAAAGAAGAAGAGGACGAGGAAAAGAGGCUGGAAAAAAUCGCUUCUCAGGCCGCUUGAACGUAAAACAAACGUAAAAUUUUGUGCAAUUAUAUGCUAUUGUGAGUGAUAAGUAUAAGGGUAUUUUACAAUAUAUAGACUUCUCGUGAUAGUUUAAGCAAAGUCUAGCUUUUGAGUUGAUUUUUGGUCGAAUAAUCAUUUUUUACUUUAUAAAAGACUGAACAUAUCGUUCUGAUUAGAUUUUUUUUAAUGUACAUAUACGAAUUUUAAUCCAGAAACGUCCUAUGCACGUAUAAUAAUAAUAAGGAAAGAAAUAAAUUAUGAAUAGAGCUAAAAAUAUAACUCAAAAACAGCUUUACAUGUUUGCAUAUUUACUUAGGUUGUUUCUUUGCUGAGAACUUGAAAGUAAAAAAUCAAUUGUGAGCUGUGUGUGUAUUGUUAGCGAAUUAGAUAACUAUAGUAUUUAUUAAUUAAUAGUUCCCUCCAGAAAGACAAUUUCUUAGGAACAAUUUCCAUUUCGACUUAAUGAAUUUAUAAGCCUUAACGAACAAGUACCUAGUCAAAUUGAGAAGUGUUCAAAUAACCUUAUUCUUUUACUCUUUUAUGUACAUAAAAUUAACAGCUAUAACAAUCUAUGAUGAAUACUGUCCCAUAGUUUUGAUAGUUUGCUUUUAGCCAUAUUGUGAAAGAAAUAUAUCAAGCGAGAAGCUAAUUAGUCAUUUUAUUUAUUAAAGUGGAGAAGGCAAACUUAAAUUAUUCAAUUAAACUAUUAUUAGAGUUUUAUUAGAUAAGUAAGUAAUAACAAUCGAUCAUACGUACAGAUUUUUUUGUCUGUAACCUAUGUAUAUAUUAUUUGUUAUGUAUUUUGUUUGAAUUGUUUGUAAAAUAGACUCAUUUUUAAAAAACUACAUCUGAAUUUUCCUUAAUCCAGUCCGUAUAUUUGGAAACAUCGGUGAAAACAUUCGGAUAAGCGAGGUUGCAUUUUUUCGUCGAAAAACUGGCAACACCGACGAGCAGUGUUUCACUACUGUAAAAUGUAGCGUUAAUGGCGAGAGGGCCCCCGUAAUCGCCAUCGCAAAGAUUCAAAUUAGGCCCGUUGGGUAAAUUCACGUGUUCGCAACAGAUGUUCGUUUCUUGUAUGAGGCUUCCGAAGCGCUCCGAGCACUCGCCCCCGUACCUAUCUAUCACGUGUAUCCAAAUGGCCUCAGGCACAUCUGCAUAUAAGGGAGUUCCCAUUGGAUUCACUUGGCCCCAUCCUAUGGUUAUCGCCUCUUGGCCUGUAAAUUAUCACGGGCAAAUCAAAAUGUUGCUUAAUGAGCUCGAAAUGCAGUAAUUUUUUUGUGUGUAUAUGGUUAUCUUAU